UGAUCGGUACUCUAUCUGGAAUAUAUAAAGCGUCGUUCGCGUAUCUUAAUCGCGUCAAUUAAUCGAGAUAGGAAUUCGGGAUUUCCCGCCAGCCACGAAGUGUUCGCCAAGAUGCAAAAGUGAUCCUUAUUAGCGGCGCGACGUAAUUAAAGCGCGAGCAACCUCGGGUUACUCGAGACACAAACGAGAAAACAUUAAUCUCACGUCCCAUAGAAGAAUCGUGGAAAAUCACAGCCAGCAUGGCGGCCAAUGUGUUCGCUGCUUUCGCGGUGCUUAAGGACCACGUUAAAUUCAAGGUCAAUCAGAACGCGGUAGCCAUUGACAAUCUCGUUUUCAGACUACACUACAGGAUUACGUUUUUGUUGCUUCUCGUUGCAUCGAUUCUAGUCACCUCCAGACAAUUCAUCGGAGAACAUAUAAGAUGUAUCGCCGAUACUGCUGUACCAUCCAAUGUUAUCGAGACCUUCUGUUUUUUCAUGUCCACAUACACCGUGGUGAAGCAUUUGAAUGCUACCGCGGUGCAGCAAGGUGAAUUACCACAUCCUGGCGUUGGACCAGUGGCUAAAGACGACCCCGUCAUACAUCACGCUUAUUAUCAAUGGGUGCCUUUUGUCCUGUUCUUUCAAGCGCUUCUCUUCUACAUGCCGCAUUAUAUAUGGCGAAAAAUGGAAGGUAAUCGGUUAAAUAUGUUAGUUUCGGGAUUACACUUGGCAUCUUUAUUAUUGAGCGAAGAGGAGCUUAAGAUAAAUGACAAUAUCAAGGUACCUUCGAAAAAGGAGCGCGACGAGAAAAUACAGCAGAUUCGCACCGGCUUCAUAAACCGCUUGCACUUGAAUCGUCCGUGGGCAUACGGACUGACUUUUUGCGAGAUUAUGAAUUUUACAAACGUAAUCAUGCAGAUUUAUUUGACCGACUGGUUCCUCGGAGGAGCUUUCCUAGGCCUCGGCCAGUCAAUCUCUGAGCCAAUAUCUAAGGAUAAAAUGAAUCCACUCGAUAUAGUUUUUCCGAAGGUAACCAAAUGUAUUUUUCAUAAAUACGGCCCCUCUGGUUCCAUACAAAAGCACGACGCUCUGUGUGUGAUGGCACUGAACAUCGUUAACGAGAAGAUCUAUACGCUUCUUUGGUUCUGGUUCGUCGCGCUGGCAGUAAUAACCGGUUUGGGAUUGGUUUGGAGAAUGCUGACCAUGAUCCUUCACGCCAGAAGCACGUCAUUCAAUAGAUUCGUAUUUUCCAUGGCCUGCCCUGGGAAAUACAAUCCGUGGAACGUACUCAAGGUCACUCACGAGUAUUACUUCGGCGACUGGCUAUUCCUUUAUUACAUCGCCAAAAAUUUAGACAAUUACGUUUUCAAGGAGCUUCUUCAGAAAUUGGCAGAGGAUCUAGAGAACAAACGUCAUGCGCGUUACAAAAUCUUGCCCCCAGAAGUCGAGGAAGAAUUGCUGAAGAAAAAAUGGGAUGAUAUUAACCCCUCCAUUGAAUUCCCGUAAAUUGAAAACGUGAAUAUAUACAGUGACCGUUAAAUACUCGUUCGUAAGUGGCAUCGCAAUACGAAAGCUAAAAAAUGUUAGAUCAGUCAUAAUCCUUUUAUGAUCGAUAUUAUUUUUUUUAUUUUUUUUUUUUUCGACAGCAACUCAAGCUACGUAAUACAUGAUUGAUAAAUCACAGAAUUCACACACGGAGAUAUUGACAGAAAGCCAAUAUAGUGGUAACUUAAUAUGUAGCUACACAAGUAUUGAACAAAUUAGAAUGAUAUUUAAAAAUGGCUAUCUCGCAUAAAUUAAUAUAUAAUGCAAACUUUAGUAAGCAGAUGACAAGGAGCUAGAUAUAUAUAAUUUUUUUGUACGUUGCACGUGUAAUUGCGCGCAUUCACGGAUAUAUUAUAACACUGCCAAACGAAAAAUAGUUCUUUUUAUAUGUAUGUAAAGGUACUUUAGCGCGAUUGACUGCAAUUGUAGGAUAAUGUGUCUUGCGUGCAUCACGUUAGCAGCCGCGCAUGGCAUAAACGCAUAACCGAUCAUCUUUUAACUAUCUCAUACGGAGAACACGCGUACAUAUGUUGCGUGUGCAUUGUGCACACCCAUAUACAAACUAGUACAUACAUGUAUACGCAAAAAAUACAUUCGUACGUUAUACCGACUCGAUAAAUGACUCGACAAUAGUUCGGAUCGUUAAGUCGUUAAGGUCUUUGAUUGGAAUUGCAUCGUGGCCUACUAUCGAGCACAGUCGUAUUCCAUAGAGUUUUAGGUUUUAUUGCACUCGCUGUACCUCCUAUGGAGCGUUUGAAAAUAUUGACUCGAUGACAAAGGCACGCACAUUUACUUUAUAUAAUAUUCAGAGUUGGAAAGUAGCUUUAUUUGUGCCGUUACAAUAACUUUUUUCUGUAACUAUGACAGUAAUGGCGUUAUAAAUUUUAAAAAAGAAGUAAUUUCGUUACAUUUUUCGAUAAUGAAUUUAAUGGUUGCUCUUGUCGUUGCUUUUUUUCGAAUUUACUCGGUAUAAUUUUCAUACAAAGGAACAUAAAAGUAUUGAAAUGCAGCAUUACAUGAAAGCUAUUGAAAGUUCUUUUUGUUGUUUCUUUCUUUGUAAAGCGAGUAGCACAUAUAAAAUUGUCAAUCAAUAACGAUAUCAGUAAAAUUAUAUCGUUUAUUGUUACUUUAACGUUUAAAAAAUUUUAGUGUUUAGUGUUUAAUUUGAUCUUGUAUUAAAAAAAAAUUAAAGUUUGUAAUGUAUAUUAAAAAAGUAACGGAUAUUGUAACGACUCAUUACUUCUUGAAAAUAACGGUAACGAUAACGAGUUACUUUUUAAAAAAUUGAUAACGAGUAAUGAUAAUGAUUUACUUCUUACUUUAAAAAGAACGGUAAGAGUAACGAGUUACUUUUAUAAAGUAACUUUCCCAACUCUCAUAAUAUUAUAUCUCUAAUGAUUAAUAUAAUAUACAAAAAAAAAAAAAAAUUCACGCUAGAAUCGUUUGUAGCUAAAUAAUUUUAUUAUUAAACCUUUUUUAAAAUCAAUUUCUUAUUUGAAUAAUUUUUUAUAACAUUUAAAUGUGUAUGUGUGUGUGUGUGUGUGUGUGUGUGUGUGUAUGUGUAUAAGAAUGAUAUAUCAAUAAAUAUUUAUAUGAAAAUA